AUGAGUUUGUCGGACUUGAAGAACAGCAUCUUGGAGAAGCUUGGCGUGUUGGGUUGCAAGUGGGUGAAGAAACUAUUCUACAAGAUUCCCAUGGCGGUUGUCUCGACCGGUGUUCAGUAUGAAACCUUUGCGGUUAAGGCUGAUGAAGAUAUUAGGGUUCUGUUCUACUGUGUAAGGAGUUUUCCGGAGAUCAGAAUCCAUGAGUUGUUCGCGAAGUUGGAGGUUGGUGUCGAUAGUUCUGGGGCAUCCGCUCCAGUUCCUUGCGUAGCUUCCGCGGGUGGUGCAUCUAGUUCGAUGCCUGCGGUCAGACCGUAUCUUCCGCCGGUUCAAUCACCUUCUUUUGCGGAUGACUUAGAACAAACGGAGGUUGUUGGUUCUGUCCCUUUGGAGCAUGCAACAGUCAUUGAGCCUCCCAACGUUGUGGGCACCGGUGGUGGCCUCGUGCCUUAUCUCGGAGAAUUUGGUGGACCUGAUCAAGUAGAGAAUGCAAUGCGUGACGAUGAGUCUGACCAGGAGCCUGUUGAUAUCGAUGGUUACAGCGACGAAAACACAGGCGGCGAUCCACAUGCGCAGCAUCGGCCUUCAAGUUCUGCUUCUCAUCAAUACCCUCCACACUUCUCGACACUAAACUUGGAAGCUCUUGGUCAACAGGAAGACAGUGGUAACAGAGUGGGUAGAUCUUCUACAGAAUUUGAGAUUGGGCAAUCGUUCCAGAGUAAAGAUGAAGCUGUGCUCAGUGUGAAGGACUAUAGCAUUCGGCGAGGUGUUGAGUACAGAGUCAUCGAAUCGGAUCAUUUGAAGUAUCAUGGAAAAUGCAAGGAAUUCGGCAAGGGUUGUACUUGGUUGAUUCGUGUAGCGCUUCGUGCACGAAAGGGAACUUGGGAGGUUAGGAGGUACAACGGGCCACACACAUGCCUCGCAACUUCUAUUUCAAGUGAUCACCGUCAGCUGGAUUAUAACGUUAUAUGUGCGAGGAUUCUUCCUAUGGUUAGGGCGGAUGCUGCGGUUACGGUAAAGGUACUUCAACAAGCGACAGAAGCUGAUUACGGUUUCAGGCCUAGUUACAGGAAGGUCUGGUUGGCUAAGAAGAAGGCAGUGGCACAAAUAUAUGGAGAUUGGGAAGAGUCUUACGCGGAGUUGCCCCGUUGGAUGCUAGGGAUCCAGGCGACAAUGCCGGGAACAAUCACGGUGCUGAAGACGUCUCCGGUUCAGAUUGGUGGUGGGGUUGAUGAGUCAACGAUGUACUUUCACCGACUUUUCUGGACAUUUCCACCCUGUAUCGAGGCAUUCCGGCAUUGCAAGCCACUCGUCAGUAUUGAUGGUACCCACUUGUAUGGGAAGUAUGGAGGGACGCUGCUGUUGGCGAUAGCUCAGGACGGAAACUCGAACAUCCUGCCGAUAGCAUUCGCCCUUGUGGAGGGGGAAAAUGCAGAGUCGUGGUCAUUCUUCUUGUCCAACCUCCGAGAGCAUGUGACUCCUCAGGAGGGUAUCCUUGUUAUCUCAGACAGGCAUAAUGGGAUCAAGGCGGCCCUUGAGGCACCUGAGACUGGAUGGCUGCCUCCUCGUGCUUUCCGGGCCUACUGUAUAAGGCAUGUGGCAGCGAAUUUCGCCCUAACGUUCAAAGGUAAGGACUCAAGGCGGUUACUGGUCACUGCUGCCUACGCCAAGACUGAGGCAGAGUUUUACUACUGGUUCGACAUCAUGCGGACUGAGAAUCCAGCAAUGUGUGACUGGGCCAACCGUAUGGAGUAUGACAAAUGGACCCAACAUGAGGAUGCUGGUCGACGGUUCGGGCACAUGACCACAAACAUCAGUGAAUGUGUGAACUCCGUGCUAAAGGGAACUCACAACCUGCCGGUCACAUCGUUGGUUAAGUCAACCUACGGGAGGCUUGCUCAGCUAUUUGUGGUACGGGGACAGACAGCAGAGGCACAACUCGGAUCCGGCCAUGAAUUCUGUCAGGCAUUGGUCAAGGCUAUUGAUCGGAACCUUAGAGACUCCAGGUGCUUUACUGUGACAUUAUACGACAGGCAUCAGUCCGAGUACACCGUGGCUGAGACAACACCAACGGGGACGUUCUCUCUUGGUAGCUAUAGAGUUUCUCUUAAAGAUCACCGAUGCGACUGUGGUCACUUCCAGGCGCUGCAUUAUCCAUGUUGCCACGCCAUUGCCUGUUGCGCCUACUCCCGGCUAAACUGGGCGUCAUAUGUUCACGAAGUGUAUCGUAUGACUGAGGUGUUCAACGUUUACAAGCAGGGGUUUCUCCCACCUAUUCCUGAAGGCUUGUGGCCUCCAUAUGGUGGCCCAACCAUCAUUCCUGACCCUAAUCUGCGGCGUGCAAAGGAAGGUCGUCCAAAGGCAAGCAGGAUCCGUGGAAACAUGGAUCAGUCUCAAGAGAAUCAGCCGAAGCGUUGUGGGCUAUGCCGUCAGCCUGGGCAUACGCGAAGGAACUGUCACCAGCGAUCACAAAGUGGUGGAGGGGAUGCGUAG